GAGCUUUUUAUGCGACUUGUAAAAACUUUACACGCGUUAGCCAGCUGGAUGGGCGGAAAGGGAGUCGGGCAAAGACAAACAUGAACAAGCUGAAGUCCUCACAGAAGGAUAAAGUUCGCCAGUUCAUGAUUUUCACACAAUCCAAUGAGAAGACUGCACUGACCUGCCUGUCACAGAAUGACUGGAAACUAGAUGUUGCCACUGACAAGUUUUUCCAAAGUCCAGAGCUCUAUGUAUCAAAUCUCAAGGGGGCCUUAGACAAGAAGAAGCUCGACCAGCUGUACAACAGAUAUAGAGAUCCCCAUGAUGACAAUAAGAUCGGCAUUGAUGGGAUCCAGCAGUUCUGUGACGACCUGGCUCUGGACCCAGCCAGCAUCAGUGUCCUCCUCAUAGCCUGGAAGUUCAGGGCAGCAACACAGUGCGAGUUUUCAAAACAGGAAUUCAUGGAGGGCAUGGCUGAACAGGGGUGUGACACCAUAGAGAAGCUAAAAUCUCAGCUGCCAAAGAUGGAUCAAGAGUUGAAGGACCAAGGGAAAUUUAAGGACUUUUACCAGUUUACAUUUAAUUUUGCAAAGAAUCCUGGCCAGAAAGGAUUAGAUUUAGAAAUGGCAAUUGCAUAUUGGAAUUUAGUACUGGCUGGAAGAUUCAAGUUCCUGGACUUGUGGAACAGAUUUUUAGUUGAGCACCACAAACGAUCAAUUCCUAAGGACACUUGGAACCUCUUACUAGACUUCAGCACAAUGAUCACAGAUGACAUGUCGAAUUAUGACGAGGAAGAUUAAGUGCCUCUGCUCUGCUUCACACAGGCCUAGUAUGGUUCUACAGUAUUAAUAUCUCAGCACAGUCUAUAAUCAUGUGUUCAUCCAAAGAGGAGUCAUUCAUUUAAUUGUGUGUUCGUUCUGUAGGCGCUUGGCCCGUCCUUAUUGACGACUUUGUGGAGUUUGCACGACCACACAUCGGGACCAAAAGCACGGCAGUUUAAGGACCGCUCUCACUAAAAGGAUGUGAAGUUUCUAACAAAUCAAACCCGCAGCUAACGGAGGACAAGGGGACCGCACUGAGCUGAGAACUAUGUUGCCUUUUCAACCCUCAGGACUGAAAUAUUUUACACAGCAGAGACUUUAUACAUGUGUGUGUGUAUUUACAUAUAUAAAAAAGGCAUAUCUCUUUGUUGGUCAACUUGUGGUGGUUUGAAACUUUUAUCUAAAGUAUUCAGCUUUUUGUGUGCGCUCAAGCCAACUAGAGAGGAGUCCCCAUCUUGGCCUCCCCCCUGGUCCAUGGAUGUUUGGGGGUCCGCUCUACAGCAGGUAGAAAGACCCACUUUUGAAUUGUAAUCUAAAACACGAGGGUUCUCAAGGGGAUGUCGUUCUUUAAAUAUUGAAUUUUAAUACUCUUGUGUGCAUUCCUGAUUUUGUUUUAUGGAUACAUUUGUUGCGACAAGUCAGUAUAAAACAUUGAUUGUAAUUUUUUAAGCAUAAUGCUGUUUUGUUUAAACACAAAUGUAUAAAGAUAAAAUAAAUGUUUCAAUUUGGUAUCUUUAAA